AUGGAAGGCGAUGAUUUGGAAGAUUCAAUGGAUGAAACUCUAGGAGAUAAAUCCACAGAUACAUCUCAAACUCAACAACCAACAGGACAACCAAAAAUUUAUCAUCGUUGGACAGUUAAAGGUUAUUGGCAAGAUAAACAUAAACAUACUUUACCUGAUGGAUGGUGUGAAGUAUUUCAUACAAGUGGAUUUCCAUUAUAUUUCCAUAAACAAACACGUGUUGUUACAUUAUCACGUCCCUAUUUUCUUGGGUCAGUCAGUGUUCGUCAUCAUUUAAUACCGGUUACAUCUAUACCUUGUUUAUACAUGAAACGAUUACAAGAAGAACAAGAUGAAACAGAAGAAUCAUCAUCAUCAGUAACAAAUAAUGAAUCAAAAUGUCCGUUUAAAAUGACACAACAAGAAAAUUCAAAUUCACCAUCAAGUAGAAAACGAAAACGAAGUGAAGAUGAUGUUGAAGAAGGUGAAAUAGCUUCUCCGCAUCUUACGACGGGUAUAAAUCUCGAAGAAUCAUCACCUUCUCCUUCUAUACAAAUGAAUUCAGAACCAAUAGAAACAGCAUCAUCAUCAACACGUUCAACAAAACCUCAACAAUUACCAGUUUCAUUACAAAUCUUAACAAAUUCAACAUUAGAUGAUGCACUUCGUUUUAGUACAUUAACAUCGGAUGGAUUACGUUCGUAUUGUCAACGUCGAUUUGCAUUUGAACAACGUGAAUUUAAAUAUUUUCCAUCGCUUAGUGAUAAAUGGAAAUAUAUUCGUCAAGCACAAAUGAAACGUCGUGAAAUGAAUACACCAGCUGAUGCACAAAUUAUCGAACUUCAACCAUUAACAGCAAAUGAUCAAUCUGUUGUUGUAUCAGCAACACUUAAAACAACAGAUACUCCACCACAACCAUCAAUUAAAUUAUCAACUACCGCAAUACCUGAAUCAAUAAAUUCAAAUAAUAAAAAAGUAACAAUUGAUUUAUAUCCAAGUAAAAGUCCAAUUGCACUUUUACAAGAAUAUGCACUUAAACGUUUAAAAGCAGCUGUUCGAUAUGAUUGGUUUACAACAGAUGUAUCCAAUUCACCAUUUGGUUGUCGAGUACUUGUUGGUGAUACUGUUUAUGGUACAGGUAUUGGUCGAAAUAAACGUACAGCAAAAUUAAAUGCGACAGAAGAAUCACUUAUUAUUCUUUUACCACAAUAUAAAAAAUUACAGGAACAACAACAACUACAGCAGCAGCAACAACAGCAACUACAACAACAACAAAUUGUAAAUAAAGAAUCAAAUACUGAAGAUAAAUCUGCUGAUGAGGAAGGUUGUAUUGAUGAUGAAGAUGAACCUAUUCCAAUUGUAAAUGAUAACAAUAAUAAUAAUAAUAAUGAUUUAAAUAAUCAAGAACCAGCAAAUAGUUCAUUACUUGAUGAAUAUAGUAUAUCAGAUGCAAAUAUUUAUGAUGUUUGUGUUGCACUUGGAAAGCCAACACCGUAUCAAAUGCUUGAAAAAAGUUUAACAUACAAUGCAUUGACACGUGGUGAAUCAAGUAUUAAAUUAACAAUGACCAAAAAACCAAUGUUUACACAUAUAACAUUAGAAAUAGGAACUGAACAUAGAGAAGAAGCUCAAGCAAAAGAUAAAGCUCAUGCAAAAAAUAUAGCUGCUCAAAAAUUAUUAAAAAAACUUCAUCCACAUUUGCAUACAUAUGGUUCAUUAAUUCGAUUAUAUGAAAAAAAUGCUGAUACAUAUAAACGUGUUCGUGUUGAUGAUGAACUAGCUGAUAUUGUACGUGGAGCAAAAAAGAAUGAACCAAAUCAUGCAUUAUUAGCUAAACUUCGUGAAGAAAUGUUAAGAUUAAAAACGAAUAAAAAUUCUUCAUCAACAACAACAUUUAAUCAAUAUGCAAUACAUAUAAUAGAUGUCAAUGAUGAAUUGCUUGGACGUUCAUCAACAACAUAG